AGAGAGUCGGUAUUGUUUUGGCGCAAAGCGGAAGUCGUAAUAACUUUCCGUCUUAAAAAAGUUUAAUGUUGCUGUGGGGGCUGCUAGAGAGGUCAAGACAUCGAUAAAAUGUGUUAUUCGUGAUUUAUUUUAAAUAUAUAUUGUAACGUUCGCUUGGUUAUUGGGUUAACACUGUAAGUAUCUGCUUCAGAGUACACAGUCAUUUAGAAGUCACGUAGGAAUGUUUGUCAUACUGUUAGCUAAUACGACCAGAUAAGCUAGAUAGCAGCGUUGUUUUCCUGGAAUCGUUUAAUUAGAGUAUUUUCCUAAAUUGCCGACUCGUUUCUCGAUUAACUUCUACCGUAAAUGGAUGAGCACAAGGAGAACAUUCAUGUCAAGGACGUCAAUGUGAAGAUGGCUAAUACAAGAGAAGAUGAGAAGGCUGAUGCCAAGUCCUGCAGCAGAUUAUGCCCUUCUGGAGAAUCUGCUUCUCAGGUGUCGCCAUCUCAGUCUAGCGGUGACUUCAGUCAUCCUGUGUACAAAGAGAUCGCUUUGGCAAAUGGACACAUUAACCGCAUGUCCAAGGAGGAGCUUCGGAUCAAGUUAGCAGAGCUGAAGCUUGACACAAGAGGAGUGAAAGAUGUGAUGAAGAAGAGGUUGAAGAGCCACUAUAAGAAGCAGAAGCUGAUGCAGUCUGCAGCUGAGGGAGGACCCACUGAUACCUAUUAUGACUACAUCUGUGUGGUGGACUUUGAAGCCACAUGUGAAGAGGAUAACCCUUCAGACUUCCUUCAUGAAAUCAUAGAGUUCCCUAUGGUUCUCGUCAACACACACACCUUAGAAAUUGUGGACAGUUUCCAGGAAUAUGUAAAGCCAGAGUUGAACCCGCAGCUUUCAGAGUUCUGUGUGAAGUUAACAGGAAUAACUCAGAGUAUGGUUGACGAAGCAGAUCCAUUCCCAGCAGUCCUUCAGCGAGCUGUCGCUUGGCUUCAGGAGCGUGAGCUCGGGACAAAAUAUAAAUAUGCCAUUCUGACCGAUGGCGCCUGGGAUAUGAGCAAGUUCCUCAACAUCCAGUGCCGUCUCAGCCGGAUCAGAUAUCCUCACUUUGCAAAGAAAUGGAUCAACAUACGGAAGUCGUACGGGAACUUCUACAAGGUUCCCCGCACUCAGACGAAGCUGAGCACCAUGUUGGAGAAGCUCGGUCUCAAGUACGAAGGUCGUCCUCACUCGGGGCUGGAUGAUUCUCGCAACAUUGCUAGAAUCGCUCUGCGCAUGCUGCAGGAUGGGUGUCAGCUGCGUGUCAAUGAACGCAUGCAUGCCGGGCAGCUGCUCUCAGUUCCCAGUUCAGCUCCUGUGGAAGGAGCUCCACCACCACACAACCCCCACAGCAGAGAAUAGAGCCUGAAGCCAAGGCUCAUCUUCACUCAUUACUCCAUGAGUUACAGAAAACAAAAGUCCAAAGCACUUUACUGGCUUUAUGUAAAGUAGAACAUUUGUCUUUUGGAGCUUGUCAAAAGGACCGAAUAUUUUGAUGUAAGCAUCUGGAGGUCAUUACAUUUAUAUGUGAGGUUUCAGCUCCAUCUGUUUCUAUUCCAGAUGUUUGGAAACUGAUCAUUCCUGUGUCUUGUGGGAGGAUUUUUCUCUAUAGCUUCACUGUUGUCAGUAUUAAACCUGCCUCCCUCUGCUCCAUCAGGCUGCUAACGUUCACAGAACAAAAGAUCUGAAAUCUCUUUCUGUUGAUGUUAUGAAUUGUUUUACUUCAGCUUUGGCUCCCAUGAAAACAACACUGAAUGAGUAUAUUUUUGGGGGGGGGCAUUAACAGGAAAGAAUAUUGAUUAUCUGGUGCUUCACAACAACUUCAUUGUUUGGCUUUAAAUCUCACUUCUAAGCAUUGUGCUUGUAUUAUAAACACAUUAAAUGUACGCAGCUGCUGCUGUGCUUUUUAAAGUGCCAUCUACCAGAGUCAUAGCAUCACGCUCUUUGCCACUUAGCUAGAGAGUUAACAGUUCAGUAUGUACAUCUGUACAGUCACUGUACAGAUGUGCUCAUUUGCCAAACUUAAAGAGCAGCUGAAGUAAAAUGUUGCCUCCUGUAAGUACUGUAAACAAGCUUGUGUUGUAGCAUUCUGUCAACUUUUGUAUGGAAUAAAUUUUUAUUUCAUGGAUUGUCAUUUUAA